GGCGGCUGGGGCCCGCCGAGACCGCACCGGCAGGCAGGGGCCCGGGCCGCUGCGGUGUUGUCCUCCCAAGAUGGAGUUCCUCCUGGGGAACCCGUUCAGCACCCCAGUGGGGCAGUGCCUCGAAAAGGCAACAGAUGGCUCCCUGCAAAGUGAGGACUGGACAUUGAACAUGGAGAUCUGCGACAUCAUCAAUGAAACAGAGGAAGGGCCAAAGGAUGCCAUUCGAGCUCUGAAGAAGCGGCUCAACGGAAACAGGAACUACAGAGAAGUGAUGCUGGCGUUAACAGUGCUGGAGACGUGUGUGAAGAACUGUGGCCACCGCUUCCACAUCCUUGUGGCGAACCGAGAUUUCAUCGACAGUGUUCUGGUCAAAAUCAUCUCUCCCAGGAACAACCCUCCCACCAUUGUACAGGACAAAGUGCUUGCUCUGAUCCAGGCGUGGGCUGAUGCCUUUCGAAGCAGUCCUGAUCUUACCGGCGUUGUGCACAUAUAUGAGGAGUUGAAGAGGAAAGGGGUUGAAUUUCCCAUGGCAGACUUGGACGCUCUGUCUCCCAUUCACACACCACAGCGGAGCGUCCCUGAAGUGGAUCCAGCUGCAACCAUGCCCAGGUCCCAGUCGCAGCAGAGGACAAGAACCAGCUCCUAUUCCUCGCCUCCUCCUGCUCCCUACUCAUCUCCGCAGGCCCCGGCUCUGAGUGUGACUGGCCCCAUCACGGCCAGUUCCGAACAGAUUGCCAGGCUGCGGAGCGAACUGGACGUUGUCCGAGGAAACACGAAAGUUAUGUCCGAAAUGUUAACAGAAAUGGUCCCUGGGCAAGAGGACUCGUCUGAUCUGGAGCUGCUGCAGGAGCUGAACAGGACCUGCCGGGCCAUGCAGCAGCGCAUCGUGGAGCUCAUCUCCCGUGUGUCCAAUGAAGAGGUCACCGAGGAGCUGCUGCACGUCAAUGAUGACCUCAACAAUGUUUUCCUCCGAUAUGAGAGAUUCGAACGAUACAGGUCGGGCCGAUCAGUUCAAAAUGCCAGUAAUGGAGUACUGAGUGAAGUGACUGAAGACAACUUAAUAGACUUGGGGCCGGGCUCUCCAGCUGUGGUGAGCCCGAUGGUGGGGAACACGGCGCCCCCAUCCUCCCUCUCCUCCCAGCUUGCAGGCUUGGACUUGGGGACAGAGAGCGUCAGUGGCACCCUCAGUUCACUCCAGCAAUGUAAUCCCCGUGAUGGCUUUGACAUGUUUGCCCAGACGAGAGGGAACUCCUUGGCUGAGCAGCGCAAGACAGUAACCUACGAGGAUCCCCAGGCUGUAGGAGGACUCACUACUGCACUAGACAGUCGAAAACAGAGCUCAGAAAUGAGAGGUAGAGGUGGGAACUCUGACCUGGAGCCUAUAGACAGCUGGCUCAUAACCCAAGGAAUGAUCCCCGUUGCGCAGCCCUCUGUCAUGGACGACAUUGAGGUGUGGCUCAGGACGGACCUGAAGGGCGAUGACUUGGAGGAGGGCGUCACGAGUGAAGAGUUUGACAAAUUCCUUGAAGAAAGAGCCAAAGCUGCUGAAAUGGUUCCUGACCUGCCCUCACCCCCGGUUGAAGCCCCCUCCCCAGCCUCAAACCCCUCUGGCCGGAAGAAGCCAGAACGGUCGGAGGAUGCCCUCUUCGCCUUGUGAGGUGUCUGUGGUUUGCCUUCCCAGAUGGCAGUCACCACUCACUCCCCCGGUGGACACCAGGCACUGGCCACUCCUCCUAUCCCCAAGCCCCAUGCGGCCUGCACACCUGUGUCUCCGUGGAAAUGCCACUGUGUUUGCUCCCAGGUCUCCCACUAGUCAGGACCAGCUUUAGCCACCUUCUUUUCUCUGGGUGAUGGGACAGUGUGGCUGCAGCCAGAGGCCCUUCCUCCCCUCCCCCACAGGCUCCCUGUGCCUGUGUUUCCUCCCAGGAAGAGCAGCAGAGUGGGCAGCCCCAGGCAGGACAGCCUCCUUGGCACUGUUUGCUGAGCAGUCCCCCUCAACUGCCUUCCCUCCAGUCACCCGCCCAUGGAGAAGUGGGGCAGGCCCGGCCCCUCCACAUGUGCACUGCCUCUUCCUGGCUCAGCAGAGCUGCUUGGGCGUGCCUGCCCUCCUAUGCCCCUCUCUUCCAGAAAGGGCCUUGUACUGCCGCCUCUGGAAGAGCAGGGCUUGGUUGCUCCCACAGGCUUGGUCUCCUUGUGUCAUCUUGUGGCACUUGGCAUGUCGGCACUUUGGAAGGCUCAGUAGGGUGCCCAUGUGUGGGCCUCUCACCUUUUUGACCUUCUCUCUUUCACUCAGUUGCCAGCCCAGGCCCUGUGCCUGAGCUGACCCAGUGCUGAGCCUGGGACCAAGGGGCCCCAGGUGGACCUGCCCACUUCUGGUGUGGGGAGAGAGCCAUGGGCAGUUGGGAGGGCAGCAUGCAACCUGGGGACAGCGGGCACGUAGCACUCUGGUGGGAUAACACUACCGUAAACCACACUGCACACUCACACCACGUACAUUUGGCCCUGGCUUGUGGAGGGGGCUUGCUUGGGAAGGCACUGCAGGUUUGAGAGCAUGCCACACUUGGGGCUUGGCCUGGCCUGUGGUAGCCUCUGCAACUCUACCUCCAGGGCCCAGCAGCAGACAGCUUUGCGCCAUGCUUGGAGGUUCCAGAUGACUAAGUUGCCAGAGCAACACUAAGGCUCCUGCACUGCUCCCUGGCAUGGGCCUCAGCCUCCUCACACAGACUGUCCAGACCGCCUGACCUCUUCCUACUUCAGAUGUCCCCUGGCCACCAAUUUGCACCCUCUCCACAAGCCGACCUUGAAGGCUGAAGAGCCUGGGGCCCAGGUGGUGGUUGGUGACACCUGCUCCUGUCACAUAUCCUCACUGAUGUGUCUCCUGGCUGUGGGCAAGGGACUUAUGGCUCUACCCAAGCCCUGGUUCAGCCAGCGACUGUCCCCCCAUUCUGCUGUUGCCCAGAAGGAAAAUGCUGCUGCUGCUGCAGCUGCAUCACACCACCUGUGAGUCUUGGGACCCCACUUGCUGGGUCUGAGUCUGCUCCUGUCUCCUCCAGCUUGCACUGCCCAGGCCACCACAUGUUCCCGACCCAUGGUGAGGUCAGCCCUUUCCACCUGGUAGGAGUGCCAGCCUGAGCAGGUAGAAGAUGCUUGGCUUCUCGCAAGAAGGCACCAGGAAACAUUUGUGACUGGGACUACAGGUGGGGCCAUGCUGAGCUGCAACAGCAGCAGUUCCAGUGGGGAGUGGGGCACUGCCUGGCCCGGAGCCCCAUACUCAGUUUAGCUCCCCUCCAGCUUGGUUUACCUGGGGCCCAUCUGGCAGGACCAGCUGGGGAUGUCACAUUCAGGUUCCUCAGAGGACAUUCAGAUUCCUCCUUGGAGCUUGGCUAGCCUGAUUCCAGCCCUGCCCUCUCUGACAGCACGUGCCACGCCUCCACUUCUGCUCCCUGACCCUUGGUCAGGCUGCGCCUCCCCACUCAGCGCUUCUCAAGGGCAGAGCCCCCUGAGGUCAGCUCAGAUGGCAAGAUUUCUGAAGCCUGUGGCUUGACUCGAGCUACGGAGAAGGUGGCUGGGAUGGCCAAGGUGUAGCCAGAGACCCUAGCCUUUUGGCAUGGUCUGGAGGAGCUGUAUCUGUGAGGGUCAGAGCUGGGCGUCCUCUGAGGGAACAGAGGCAAGGGAACAUCCUCAAGGCCAAGAGCCUGAGGGCUCUGAGACAAAGAGGGGGCUCCUGCAGUGCAUGAAGUUGAGGUUGGAGCCCCCAGCAAAUCUAUUUUUAAUACCCAUGUCCAGAACUUUCCCCACUCAACCCCAGCUUGUCGGCCAGGCAGGGGGCUUGGAGAGGCCUAGCUGCCCCAUGAGCAGCAGGUGGUGGUGGACUACUGUGGACUGGCAAAAGGCCAUUGACCAUGCAGACAGGUGUCACCUGCCUUCCUGACCAGGAGCGGCCCCUCUGGUCUGACUUUCAAGCACCUCCUGCUUACACAUCCUAUCCAGAGGCCACCUGCCCCUACCUGUAGGCUGAGCUGACACAAGCUUGAGGCUUGCACUGGAAGCAAGUACAGGUCAGGCGCCGUGGGGGUGCCACUCAGCCCGUGCAGGGACAUCCUGUCCUGAAGCUCUACCUCCCCGCUACUCCCCUCCCCCUGGCUGUCACCAUCUGGGGAGCACAGUCCUCAGGCCUCCUGAUUAGGGAAGGGAGCAGAGCCCUGGCAGGAAAGCUGGACUCUCGCAAGCCACCAGCCUCUCCACAAGUGUUAGAAAUCACAGAUACAGUAUGUACUUAAUUAUACUAAAUUAUUGCUGGGAUUCCUUAUAAGCACUAAUUAUACCUGAUUAUAGGUUAAAAUAUUUAUUUUGUCAAAAUAUUUUCUUGGGGAUGUGUUUAACCUUUUCUGUGUUCAUUGUGUGCUACUAUGUGAAAACUAACCAUUUCCUCCUGCCUGCCUUUUUGGCCAGUGGGCAGCAGGUAAUGGCACUACAUACAGACAGGGCAUGGUGGGCCUUGGCCAGCCUGCCACAGAGUGGUCCUGCCCAGGCGUCCCCAGGCACCAAGCAGGCCAGCUGUGGCCAGGCUAAGAGAAUGACCAACUUGCUUAUCAGUGUGCAUGGGACAAGGGGUUUUGGAACCAAAAGGGCUUGUUGCUGUCCUGGGCCAGAGAGAAAGGUGACCUCUGUCUGUCCUCCUGUCUGUCAGCCCCCUCAGUGGAGUGACUGUGCCUUGGUUCACUGCCCUUCCCUUCCCCACCCAGUGGUCUCAGGGCCUGUGCUGUCACCAUGCCUCAGGAGGAAAGAACCCUUUGCUGCAGCAGUAUUCCUCUGCCUUGAGGCCCCCAGCUGGGAGAGUGGUAGCAAGGGUUCUGCAUGACCCAGUGGCCACAGGCACGCACAGGGCGGCCGUGCUCGGUUCCCGUGCUCUUGCCCCUCCUGUUCCUUCCUGCCUCCCCUGGAUCCCUGAGCACAUUUCCAACUCAGUCGGGCCAGCCUUCUGGAUGGCUUGGGGUGGACCAUGGGCCUUCCUGGGGCCAGGCCAGCCCCCGGGCAGCCUGGGAAGAGCAACGUGAGGAAUGCUUGCCCUCAGCCUGGCCUCAGCUUUGCACUGCCAGGCCGGGCCAGCUCACUCAUGUAGGCUACAGCCAAGCUUCCCCACCCAUGGAGAAGUGUGUAUCCACCUAUGGCCCCUGCUGCUCCCAGUGCCCAUCUCCAGCCCUUCAUAUCCAUGGGGGGCCAAGCCAGGCUUUUCCUGUAGUCCCCAGCUCCCAGGAGCAGCUGUCAACCCCUGAGUCUUAACUGCUUCUCUUGUGUACAAAACCUCCAGGCUCUCCUGGAGAAGGGGGAAUGGAUAUUUAUUUUCUGAAGUUUGCACUUAAUUUGUGAGGGUUCUCAGGAUUCUGGGGGCGCUAUUGAAAAGAAGAAUGUGUUUGGUUCGUUGUCCACUUGUCCCAGAAGUCUGGUGUUGUCACUGUCACGUGUUUCUGUGGGCAGAGCUGGUUCUGGAGGGCAGGUCAAAGCAUACACGACUCAGAAUGACACCAGAGCACCCAACCACCCCACUGGCUCUCCUUCCAGUACCAUCUCUCUAGUUUGGGUUCUUGCAUGUAAAAAACUCCACAGUAAAUAAAUAAUUGAACAAAACA